AUGACCGAUUAUAUGGCUCAAAUGCUCAAUGAAUUGAUGGGUUCGCAAAGAGAUGCGAUGCCCGGCGAACAGAAAGAGUUGGAAUUUAGUGAUCCGAGCGUUUGUACGGAUUUCCUUGUGGGGUUUUGCGUACAUGAUUUGUUUCGGAAUACAAAAAAUGAUUUGGGAUUUUGUCAAUAUGUAAGUUUUUUUUAGAAAAAGAAAAAUCUUAUAGAAAAUGACAAGUUUCAGACAAUCCAUGACGAAAGUUUGAAAAGAAAAUAUGAGAAAAGUGAUAAGCGGGGAAGAUUGGGAUUCGAACGCCGAUUCCUUGAAAGAAUCCAACGAAUCAAUGAUGAUUGUCAGCGAAAAGUUUUGCGAAACAUGGAUCGAUUAAAUGUCACACAAGGCGAAAAUAAAGUAUCGGAAGAGGUUUUCGCGAAAAAAUUGGAGGAGUUAAAUGUGCGAAGAGAAGCUAUAAGCAAUAAAAUAGAUGGUUUGAUGAAUGAAGCACAAAUUCAUGGAGAAUUAGGAAAAGUUGAAGCAGCUCAAGCUGCUGUUGACAAAGCUGAUCGGGCAAAACAAGAGCGAGAUGAAUUGGAUAAUGAAGAAACGAAAAUAAAAAAUGAAAGGGCUCGCGCACUAAGUAUGGAAGAAAGUGUAACAAUGGGAAAUCGACAAAUGCAAGUUUGCCAAGUUUGCGGAUGUUUUAUGCUUCAAAAUGAUGCGCAACAAAGAAUUGAUGAUCACAUCACUGGAAAAUUGCAUAUCGCAUAUCAAACAAUUCUUGAUAAUAUUGAACGAUUAGCAAAGGUUAGUCAAAAACUGGUUAUAAAUUAUUCCAAUAAAGAAAUUCAGGAAAUCGACGAUUUUCGUUCAAAACGACGUGGAAGUUCUGAAAGAGAAGAAAGACGGAGAGAUGAUCGGAGAAGAAGUCGAAGUAGAAGUCGAGAUAGAAGUCACCGACAUGGAAGUAGUAGUAGAAGUCACGGACAUCAUUAUCAUCAUCGAAGUGAUCGACGAGUAAGAACAUCAGCCCCUUUCUCUUGUUUUCAAAAUAUUAGCAAUUUCAGUCGCAUCGCCACUAA